UCUAAAAACCCCUUCACUGAUAAACCCUCUUCCAACCUAAGACAUUGUCUGCUCUCUCCAAAGCAUCAAUGACUCUCUUCCAUUGCCAUGUUCCUCAUCAGAGCAUGGCCCCAUUCUCACCCAUCUCAACUUUCUCUUUCAAACCACUAUGCGUUUCUCUAUCUCAACCUUCCUCCUCUUCCUCCAUAAGCCAUCAACAUCCUUAUCCUCUCUUCACAACCACAGACCUCCUCAACAAUAGGCCUUUUUCACUCUCCACAAUGCCCAGAAAGUUGCUGUGUACACCACCCCAAGGAAAAUAUAUACAAGAUGCCUAUCUUGUGAAAAAAUUGUCAGCUCAGGAAAUCCAAGAUCUGGUUAAGGGAGAACGAAAUGUACCUCUUGUUAUUGAUUUCUAUGCAACAUGGUGUGGACCAUGCAUCUUAAUGGCUCAAGAACUUGAAAUGCUUGCAGUUGAGUACGAGAACAAUGUUACGAUUGUUAAGGUUGAUACAGAUUACGAGUAUGAAUUUGCACGCGACAUGCAGGUUCGUGGGUUGCCCACAGUGUUCUUUAUUAGUCCUGAUCCAAACAAAGAUGCAAUUCGAACUGAAGGACUUAUCCCAAUACAGAUGAUGAGGGAUAUCAUAGACAAGGAAAUGUGAAUCUGUAAUGGGCAUUGAUCACCUAACAUUGUUGGAGUUCCUGGAUCUUGCACUAUGUUGUCUGGUGUAAUGGUAGCCUAUCCGGGACAGAAUUGAAGUGCUAACCAAUUCCUAUGAUUUUGGGUUUUUAAGGUUAUAAAAUUGUAUGAUAAUUUAUGCAAGCUUUCAGCUGACAUAUUAUGUAGUGUAUCACAUGUGAUGUCAAAUUUAGAAGGACGUUGUAACACUAUCAUUUAUGUACACUCCAUUCAUCAAAUAUAAAAUGUUAUUGAA